CAACUGAUAUUCGUGUACUGUGAUAAAAAGAAUAACAACAAUUUUAAACAAUUCCCUUGUGAGAUUUGUUUAUAAACAGUUUAGCACUAAGUAUAAUUUUAAAUGUGAUGUCUCAAGAGGAAGAGGUGGUAAACAGCUGUCGAGUUUGUCGUAGCGCCAACCAGGAUGGAGAAUACGAGUGUCUGUACGUUGUGCAAGUAUUAGAAGAAAGUGGUGUGAUGCAGUCACACACAUGGCAGCUGACCGAUACGGGCAAGUUAUAUGAAGAAAUGCUCGGUGUUGAGAUUGAAGCCACAACCAUGGAAAUAUAUCCACAGUAUCUGUGUAAUAGUUGUGAUUUACAAAUGCGGCUAUUUCGCAAGCUAACCAUGAGGGCGCGACGUACAUUAGAAGAGUUGGCGAAAAUUUACCCCAUCACCGUUGAAUGUAAUGCGCAUGAAGAAGAGCAGCGUGUGUAUGAGACACAUUAGCAUUCAGAGGAAGAAUUUAUAGAAUGCGAAACGUCAGAAAUAGCUAAUGAAAAUAAUGUAAUCGCCGCACUGCUAGCGGAUGCAAGCACAAAUGUAACAGAGCAAGAACAAAACGUUUUUGAAGACUGCAGCGAAGAGGUAGCAUACACACCAACCAACGUGGAAGAAGUUAAUUACAUACAAGAUUAUGCGCCAGUAGUGGCGACACCAACACAAGUAGAAACAAAUGCGGCACUAAAUGAAAUAUUAGCAGAAGCUAUCGACAAUACUGAACUGCAGUAUUACGAAGAGGAGCAGACCGCGCACAUUGCAUACGCACAACCAGCGGAAGAAUGUGCAGAUAUUAAAGCGGAAAGUGACAACAAAUGUAACGAUUUUGUUUCGUUAUUUGAAGAGCACUCUGUCGCAGAAAGUAAUGAUUUGAAACAAGAACCGGUGGAAUUUUUCGAUGUACAUUAUUUGGAAGACACCAAUAGCAGUCUACCGAUUAAUGCGUUGGAGCGACCAAAAGUGUCAGGCGCAUGUAAUGGCGGCAAUAUACGCCGCGCAUACGAAUGUCAAGCUUGCGGCUUAGAAUUCUUACGACGCACUGAUUUUCUGCAACAUCGUAAAACGGUGCACUACAACAAAUUUCCAUGUCCCUAUUGCACCAAACUACUACAUACCAACGAUGCCUUACGUGUGCACCUGCGUCUACACACCGGUGAGCCGGCUUUUAAAUGUGAUAUCUGUCAGCGUACAUUCAAUCAAAAAGUGCAUUACCGUUAUCACAUGGAUCGGCAUAAUAAUGUGCGUAAUUUCAAGUGUACGGAAUGCGUAAAAGCAUUUCUGUCCAAGCACGAUUUGACGGUACAUAUGCGUACGCAUACCGGUGAACGACCGUUUGAAUGCGAAAUUUGCGGCAAAGACUUUCUCAUACUGCAACACUUAAAAAUGCAUCGUUAUUCACAUACGAGCAAAUCCUUUGAGUGCGCUGAGUGCAAACAAAAAUUUACAUCGCCAUCGACGUUACGCAUACACCAACUCACGAUACACACUGCCGAACGUCGAUUUCAGUGCGAAUUUUGUGUGAAGCGAUUUCGACGAAAACACCACUUGAUUGCGCACUACAAAGUACAUCAAAAAUCCGACGCGAAUGCGCAUGAUUACGACGAUUUGGUCGAGGAGGGCGAAGAGUUUAUGGAUGACUAUCAAAUGAUGUCUUCUGACGUGCAUGAGCAACAGUUGGCCAUGCAGCAACAUCAGGGUGUAAGCGAGUUCCUAGAAAUUAACGAGGAAGGACACAUCGAUAGCAUAUUGGUGGUGGACGAUGUGCAUGGUGGUGAUGGACAAGCCUUAUAUGGUGCUGAUUACGAGAUCGGUGUGGCUGAGGAGAAUGCGAAUAUGACUUUUUAAAUGUACCUACACACAUACAUAUAUAUUAAGUGGAUUUUGUUGAAAAAAUACAUAAUUUUGUAUAAUUUGAAA